UAAAAACGUCAAUUGCGCUACUGACAAGUUCUAAAUCAUAGAUGGUUGAUAAGAGCGAAGUUUCAGCUACUCAGGAUGUAGAGACACAUCAUGACAGUAAACAAAAGAAAAAACGAAACAAAUUAAUAGAUUUGACACUUAAGGAACUUCCCCAAAGUGCUUCGAGUGAUGUCAAGUUCGAAUAUAUAUGUCAGAAAUACUAUGAACUUUAUCAAGAUCAGAAAGAAAACUCUUCAAAAAACAAACAAUUUGAACAGAGUAUUCAACAGGUGCGCGUUGAACGUGAUCAACUCCAGAAUGAACGUAAUCGUCUAAUUCUACAAAAGGAUAAACUUGAAACUUUAUGUCGUGAAUUACAAAAACAAAAUAAAAUCAUUCAGGAAGAAAGCUUGUCACGUGCACGUAUUGAAGACGAAAAACGUCGGGAAGUUUCAGAUCAUUUUCAAACAAGUAUAACAAGUAUCCAAAAUCAAUUAUGUGAAUAUCAAUUGAAAAAUGUGGAAUUACGUAAAGAGAAUCAAGAAUUAGCUGAUAAAUUGGGUGAAUUUAUUAAACAGCAUGAAAAACGUGAAGAACAUGUAGAUAAGCUUAUGGAAACACGUAGUUUAGAAUUGAAAUUAUCUGAAGCAAAAUUAAACAAGGCACAAUGUUUAUUGGAUCAGGAAAAAGCAAAGAGUCAACAGAAAAUUCUUGCAUUAGAAGAGGAAGUGAAAUAUUUAAAGAGUCGUCUGGAAAUUCAAAAAACUAUCGAAGACAAAUUAAAAGAACAGAUUGUAUUCUAUAAAGAGAAAUAUCAAUCAUUCAACAAAACAAUGUCAGAUAGUCGAAAAAUGUUUGAUACUGCUAAAGAGGAAAUGGAGAAGCUUGGCAAACGUAUUCAAUUAAGUGAGAGUGAAGCAGUUGCAUGGCAAGGUAAAUGGGAAGUUAGUCAACGUAGUUUGUUGGAAUUAGCUGAACAGCAUAAAAAAGAAAUGUCAGAAUCAUUGAAUGCUAAGAAACAAGUAGAAAAACUUAGUGGAUUAUGUAGAGCUUUAAAAGAUCAAUUGAAUGAAUUAAGAAAAUCACAACGAUGCCAGAAGGAAUCACAAAACUUGGAAGCUAAACAAAAUGAACAAGAACUGACGUCUACUGCGUCUUCCACUUCUUGUUGUUGUCGUCAUCAUCCUGGUGAUGAUGUUGACGAUCAUCAUCAUCUUCAUGAGGCAGAGAAGACAAAGGGAAAAACUGUUGACAAUUCAAUGGAAGAUUCUAAUUUGAUUCAUCAAAAUAAUAAUGAUAAUAUUAAUCUAAAUAGUAGUACAACAAAUCAAUCAGGUUCUCAUAGUAAUAAUACUCAUAAAACGGAUGGAAAUGUUGAACCCUAUACAGCAACAAUGACGAAAGUUGGAAAGAGUAGUUCCACACACAAUGAAUUCAAUUGUUCCUCGAAUUCAUUAAUUCACUGUACAGAUAGCAUGAAUGAACUAAAAUUAGAUUGUAGUAUAAUUGAAGGUGCGACAUCAUCAGGGAAUUCUAAAAAUCCAAUCUCUGAAUAAUCGGUAAAUACGAUACAUUGAAUGAGAGAAAUGAAUAA